AAUGGCUUUUUCAUAUUAUGGUUCCAAAAUCCAAGUUAACCCGAAGAGCAAGAUAAGCCUUUAGUGAGAAAGCGAUUAGCUUUAUUAUAACAACACGACCUGGAGGGUAUGCUAGCAUGUUAGUGUUGAUUUUGAUAUUAUAUUAAACUGGAAUUCCGAAUUAUUUUUCUCAGCCAUAUGCUGAUCUUGCUAAUUACCAUAAAUUCAAGGCAUUUUGUCUCGAAAUUGCAAUCUAGGAACCUCGAUGGCGAUGACCUACACUAUAGUAUGUUUUAUAUUUUCUCAUCUUAGGCAAUUAAUUUGUUAAUUUGGGAUGUUAGCAAAGAUCAACCUUCGCACUUAUUUUAAAAGCAAAGCAAUUAGUACCAUAAGUGAUUGGUUUCAAUAAUAACAAUGUUAUAUGCGAAUAACCUUUCAUUAAAUCAGCGAAGAUAGAUUAUGAACAAAGGACAACUUCUGUCAUAAUGAUAGCAAACGGAUGUAUAAUUUCUUUAGGUUGAACAACAUCAUUGUUGCUAACACCUCAAACAUAUGCAAACAAUACACGGCACGUUUGUUUGCAUGUAAAUGGAUGUCAGAGGGGUGUUACAUACAACAUCACCAUGAAAUACAGAGGGGUAGCUACCAUUGUUCUAGGGAAUUUGAGAUUCACAAAAGUUUAUUUAGAAUCGAAUGAAAAAUUCAUUUAGUUCUUAUUUUUAUCAAACAAUGGUACCCAAGUAAUUUCAUCCCUCCUACAAAUCAGUGUAGAAUCAAAAAUAAAAAAGGUAAAUAUUGCUCAUAGGUUUAAAAUAGUGCUCAUAGCCUGGCUCACCAAGGUAAGUUGAGAAUUGUAAAAACACCAGUGAUUGAUGAAUAGUAUGACUAAUGUAUCAACUGUUAAGUAUUUGGUUAAGUGAUUUCUUAGUUAUUUAAAGAUAUUGCCGCAAAAAUUUAACUACAUCAUACAGGGAAACCACUAGGAAUUUAAUCAAAACUAUAAUAACUUUGCCAAUCCAUUAUAAUUGAAUUUGAAGAUUACAAAUUUUCAACCAAGGACAGAUUUGAAAGGGUGUGGGGAUGCUACAUCAAGGUAAUAUGUUUGAUUUAUUUCAAACAUUGUCUUUGAUUAAAAAGGCAUACUUCCAUCAGACUCGUGACUACAGGGCAUAAGGGCUGUGACACCUCUCUCUAGGGGUGCUUUAUCAUCAAAAUUUUGGACUUUGGUGCAAAUAAAGAAUUUUUCAUACACUUUAUCAGCAAAUAUGACCUGGACACCCCCUUGAGCCCAGUUGCCUAAGUUUGGAUGCCAUUUGCAGCUUGAGCCUUGUUAAAGACAUAAGGUUGCUCGAAAGUUUCCAAAGAAGAGCCACAAAGUUAGUGCCACCACCGAGAAGAGCUUCUCAAGCUCUUGUCCUACAAGGAGCCUCUUAUUACAUUUGAUCUCCCAACUCUUGUAUAUAGAAGUAUUUGUGGAGAUAUGAAAUUGAUUUCUCAAAAUCGUGAAAGGUAUCAUAAAAUUGAAUUAUACAGCUUUCUUCAAGUUGUGUCAAAUAAAACAAGAGGACAAAAGCUCAAACUUGUUAUCAAUGGAAUCACUUGAACGUAAGACAAAAUUUAUUUUUGCAAAGAAUCACAGAGACAUAGAACUAUUUUACCAGGAGUCAUCAUCAAUAGCUCAACAAUUUAUAUUGCAAACACAAAUAUAACUUUUAGGGUUUUAUAUGUUAUUAUAUUAUUAUUUUGGCACCUGCUCAAGAGCACAACAUUGUUAAACAAGAGUAUAGAUGAUUUAGCAAAGAUUUUUAUCCAAGGUCUCAAAGGACUAAAUUCCCAACCAGCGGAUUGCAUUUCCAGUGGUAUGAUGAUACCAAUACAUCUAUGUUUGUGUUCUGCAAAGGCACUCAAGCAAAGCUUAGUAAAUAUCCGUCAAAGAAAAUUAUGUACAUUCCAUCUCUUGGAUAUAAAUUGAGUCUAUUUUGUGGAACAUGCUUGCAAUGAGUCCCCAGUCUUUGUGUAGAGCAUGCAGAUCACAUUCUUCCACUUUGUAACAGCUGUAGAGCUUUAUGACUAAGAUUAUCUCUUGUUGGAAGAUAAUCUUAGUCAUGAGAAAGGUAGUUUGUAUGGUGGCAAUAUAAUGGUGGCGAUUUUGUCCAGAAAUUAGCCAUGAAAAUUAAAAUUUUGCCCCUUUCUCCAAAAAGAGGCAAAACCUGAGACAAAAUUUGGUAACUAACCUACCUGAGUAGCAAAAUUUACGAAAUGUUCUGAAAACUGUUGCAUUUAGUGCCUAAGCCCCCUUGUCUCCUCAAGCCACUGCACCCUUCUAGCCAACCUGACCCCAUUUUCCAGUCUCAUCACAUGGCAAAAUACGUAACCGCGAAAAGCAAAUUUUUGAGUAGAUAUAGAAGAUGUUUUAUAAGGCCAGUAGCGUGUUUCGCUUAACGGAGUCAACGUUUCCUGCAACACGUUGUAAACAAACGCGGUGAACAUUAUGCCUCUGUGUGAUUGUACCUUUUUUUCAUUACUAUAAGGCGCUGAUUAAGGAAAUCGAGAAAUAGAGGUGAAAGAAAAGACUAUGCUGCACUGGCCGUUGCUAAGUGUUGGUUUGACUCUGCUGUUUUUAACUGAACUUUGUCACAGUGAGGCUCCCGGAUUCAAAUGUCAGGCUGGGACGUUUGAGUGCAAAAAUCCUCGCACUUGUGUUCCAGUGUCAUGGGUUUGUGAUGGGGAAGCAGACUGCGAUGAUAGUACUGAUGAGAAGCACUGUGAUCAAAUCGAAUGUAAGGAAGAGCAGGGACAGUUUAGAUGUGAAUCAGGGGAGUGUAUAACAAGCAGUUGGGUUUGUGAUGGUGAUCGAGACUGUAAGACUGAUGGAAGUGAUGAAAAAUCUUGCGUUUCUGGUAAUGUUACCUGCCCCUCCAAUCAGUUUAUUUGUGGUGAUCGGUCCUGUAUUAUGAAGAAAUGGGUUUGUGAUCAUGAGAAAGAUUGUCCAGAUGGAUCAGAUGAAAAGGAUUGUGUAAAACCAACAUGUAGUGGAGAUUCAUUCACAUGCAAAAAUGGAAGGUGCAUAGCUAUAAGAUGGAAAUGUGAUGGUGACAAUGAUUGUGGAGAUGGAUCGGAUGAAGACAAAACUUUUUGCUUGGCGAGAAGCUGUAAAGCCAACCAGUUCACUUGCAAUAACCGACGGUGCAUCGAGAAAUCUUGGGUUUGUGAUGGUGAGGAUGACUGCGGUGACAAAAGUGAUGAGCAGCCGCAUCUUUGCUCAUCGUCAACCUCGAAACCGAUAUGCAAGCCGGAAGAAUUCGCCUGCAGAUCAAGUAAUCAUGGUCCGAAUGGAAAAUGUAUUCUAGGAAAAUGGAGGUGCGAUGGAUCAAGGGAUUGCAGUGACGGAAGUGACGAGGAGAACUGUCAUUUAAAUGCAACAUGCAAACCAAACCAGUUCAAGUGUUCCAAUGGAACUUGCAUUGAUUAUUCCUUGAAAUGCAACAAAAAACCUGACUGCCCUCGCUGGGAAGAUGAAAAGGAUUGUGUGGAGCAGUGUGCUGAAAAUGAGUUCAGAUGCGUGCACAGCAAUAGAUGCAUUCCGGAGAGUAAGGUCUGUGAUGCAAAAGACGACUGUGAAUUAAAAGAAGACGAACCAAUGAGUUGUAAUAUCAAUGAGUGUUUGGAUAACAACGGGCGUUGCAGCCAGCUUUGUGUUGAUAAAAAGAUUGGCUAUGAAUGCCAAUGUAGAAAGGGCUAUGAACUGGAAGCUCGUGGCAGGAUCUGCCAAGAUACGAAUGAAUGCAUGAAAUAUGGUUCAUGCAGCCAAAUUUGUGAAAACAAAAAAGGAACCUACAAAUGCAGCUGUCUGUCAACAUAUAUUUUAGAGUAUAAUGGGAAAACAUGCAAGGCUAUUGGUCAAGAGCCUAGCCUGAUAUUUGCUGCACGACAUAGUAUACGAAGAAUUUCCUUCAAUCCCUUCGGUAUGCAGCCCGUUGCCAGUGAAUUAAGCAGUGCCAUUGGAGUGACUUACGACGUUGCUGAAGAGCAGGUGUACUGGGCAGAUAACAGGGAUAUGUCAAUCUACAAAGUGCCCUUCAGUGGCCCUGAGAUGAAGAGUCGAGUAAAAGUUUUCAAUGAACGCUCCAUUGUUGAUGCCUUAGCAGUUGAUUGGAUUGGCCGUAAGUUGUAUUGGACAGACACGGGACUCAAAACUAUCGAAGUUUCAGAAAUGGAUGGUAGCUCAACUUUGGUGCUUUUAAAUACUGGCAUGCUUGAACCACGUGGAAUAGCUCUUGAUCCAACAGAUCAAGGAAGACAUAUUUAUUGGACAGACUGGGGUGCCAACGCCAAGAUUGAGAAAAUCAGCAUGGAUGGCGACCUAGAUACCAGAGUUGUAUUGCAUAAUCUUACUGGUGGCUGGCCUAAUGGAAUAUCGAUUGACUUUGCGCUUUUGAGAUUGUAUUGGACAGAUGCAAAGAGGAAGCUAAUUGAGAGUAGCAGGCUUGAUGGAUCAGAUAGAAGAGUGAUCCGAGAAUUACCCGACCAUCACCCGUUUGCCAUAACUGUUUUUGAAGAUUACAUGUACUGGACCGAGUGGAGUCACGAGACAAUUUUUAAAGCUGACAGGUUUACUGAUAAAGGCAAAACCACCCUUGUUUCUAAGGUGUCAAGCUUGAUGGGCCUAGAGAUCUACCACCCUUUAAGGCAGCCAACAGCCAAGAACCCCUGCGCACGUUAUAAUGGCGGUUGCAGCCAUUUGUGCUUGCUCUCUUCAAAACAUGUGUAUACGUGUAGAUGCCCAACUGGUGUUCAACUCCUUCGCGACAAGCAAACAUGCAAUACAACGAGUGCAUAUGUCUGUACACCAAACUACUGUCUGAAUGGUGGUGAAUGUGUCAACAGUACAGCAAAAAGAUUCAAGAAUAUUCGCAUUUGCAAAUGUGCCCGCGGUUAUAAAGGAAAAAGGUGCGAGAGACGAUCAUCCUUUCAACCUCACGUUACCAGCCGACCACAGGCAGCAGGAAAUAAGCAAGAUAUUAAGAAAGAAGAUCUUGGUGAAACCAUUGGAAUUGUCGCUGGCGUUGUUCUUGGUAUCCUCUUUGUCGCUAGCAUCUGUAUUUACUUAUUCUACAGACAUCUAAGGAAAAAUUACAGGGAAAGAAAAGCUGUGAACUUCGAUAACCCAGUAUAUCGUAGAACCACGGAAGAUUCUAUACCCAUUAUUGGAAUGUCAUUCGAUGACAGCAAUUUGUGAUCCCCCACCAAUCAAUGGGUAACUUCCUGAAAAAGAGGGGAAAAGGCAUCCUAGAUGCGCUGGCUCAAAGCACCCGCUCAUGACAGCGUCUGUGGUUGCCAAGACAAUCAAGAGACCUUUGGAAGAAGAGUCAACAAGAUGCUGGUCAUCAAAAAUAUGUCGAAAAUUCGUGGGUAGCGGUAGCCAGAGUGAUCAUUUUCGGAAUUUGCUAUUCCAGGGUGUUGGGACCAUCAAUUCAGUAUGCAAAGGCAAUCCAUGCAUAUCAAAAAGACUGCAUUGUGAAUGCUUACUGCAAAAUUAUGGCUCUGUUUGUCAUUAACCUGGACUUGAAUAAGAAAAAAGCCCCUAGUAAGAUUCGAUCAAUCCCGUUGAUAGAAAAGUGAUACAUAAAAGGGUAUUGAAAUUAGUCUAGCUUUCCACACAAGGAGCAUAUGUCCUACUUGAAUUUUUCUCGAGCGCCUUAGCAAGGGUUCCCGUCCUUGUAGUAUUUGAGGCAAGCGAUUCAAUACUUAGCCUGCUUGCUCACGUCAACUAAAUCGACAGAUCUGGUGCAUUUCUACUGGUAUAGGAUUUUCCGUAUCUAUGAUUCGAUGCAGCUGGUAUUAAGGACGUCAGUUUGCAAAAAUGGAGAGCGGGGAAACUUGCCUCUGAACAAUUGCCGGAAAAAUGCUGCCCGAAUAAGUAAAGGGGUUUUUUCUUUCCAAGACAGUUGACUAAAUAUCCGUAUCAACUUUCCCAAUACUCUUUCUCUUACGGUCAGGGGCGUUGGUUAAAAGCCUAAUUGAGUAAAAGUAUCAUGACUUCAGAUUGAGUCCUUAUUUCGUAAUAUAGUCGUGUUAGUGUGUUGAAUGGCGGGCAAAUGUGAUAACGUAGAAGUGAUUACUGCUAGCUUCAUUACCAUGGAUACUGGUAACGUGAACGUAGAAUUUACUGAAUUUUAUGCCCAGUCAAAGAUCUGUUUGUAAUUUACAUAUGUAUCUAAAGACAAUAGAAUUAAAGGAAUCGAUCAAUAUUUAUUUUGCUAUUCAAGUGCGGUUCAAUACCUAUUUUACUUUGCAAGGAAUAUGCUGUUGACUUACCCUCUAUGCUCGAAAGAACAUUUUGCUGUUUCCCCUUCUCGGAUCAAAGCAAAGCCCUCCUAUGAUUAAUAGUUUUUUAAAGAAGUCCACUCUGAUAUCCUUGCCCGUAAAGCAGAUUUGAAUAAAUCAGUGUUUGAAGGCUGAUUUCCAAUAGUCAAAUCUUAUUUUUCUGCAGUUUUCAUAUAAAUGUCAUUCAUAUAAAAUGGAGGGAAUAAGAUUGUAUUAUACGAUUUAUAGGAAUUAUGUAUUGUAUAAAUUACAAAUCAAUCCAAACCGCACCCCAUAAGCAUCUUAACUAGAAGCUAGAACGUAACUGUUGGCAAAGCCUCUAUUAAGGUUCUUGGAUUCGUGUUAGCUAACGUAGAAAAGGCAUCUUAUUGCAGAGUACGUCUAGUUGAAAAUCAUCGCCUAACUGCUACAUAUGCUCGCACGUAUAAGAGCCCAAGUACCUUUUUGCCUAUAAGAGUCUUGUUUCUUAAUAAGAUAAUGCAAUCAUCUUUAAGUUGGCGAAAGUUUAGUACAAUCGGGAAUAAAGUGCUCUCGCAAAAAUAUCCAAAACACGACGGUGGAGAAAAAGUUGAAUUGACUGUGUGGAGUGAUUAGCAAAUCUUUGUUAGGCUCCUCUGCCUAAAACAACAGGGCUGGAACUUCGUGGACAGUUGAUUCCCUGUUACCUACAGAACGGCGUACUGACCCUAAGUCGUGCGAGUUAGUCAUGCUAAGGAAAGAGCCAACCACAGUUUUCUAAUUACUACGCAUUGAAGUGUGGAUCGAACGGGCUCUUUAGCGUUGCUUUGUUGCAGUGAUUUGUAUUUUUAUUACAAUGUUUUGCAUAGCUAGUAUUGUUUUAAUGUUUAUGUCUUCUAAAUUCUAAAUGCCGUUUUGUAACGAUUAUCAGCACAUUUUAGUUAUAUUAGAGCUUCAAAGCGCCUUGGUAAUCUCGCAAUAAAUUUUGGCAGUUCACUUUUAACACUUGCAGAUGAUGAAUUCCUCACCCUUCGGUUGUCUUUUCGGAUCUUUACGUUUCAUUACUUACUGCAAUCAAUAAUAUCAUUUAUAGAAGAGAGACUCUUUUCUCCACCUGUUUAAUCGUGUCAUAGUCAGGUAACAAUCAGUUAAUACCCUGAUACACUGGUUACUGGGUACACAGUUUCUGUGAACAAGUGUUUGAAAAAUAGGAUCCUUAAUUAGUUAAAAUGGAAACAUAAUGAACAAGUGUUUGGGAAAUAGGAUCCUUAAAUAGUUAAAAUGGAAACAUAAUGAACAAGUGUUUGAGAAAUAGGAUCCUUGAAUAGUUAAAAUGGAAACAUAAUGAACAAGUGUUUGAGAAAUAGGAUCCUUUAAUAGUUAAAAUAGUUUGUAAGGAACAAGUGUUUGAAAAUACGAUCCUUAAAUGGUUCAAACGGAAUCGUAAAGAAACGUCGUUUUGUAUACAUUUUAUUCAUACUUUUGAGUUAAAUCAUUGCGUUUUAUGUGAUGCAUAUGUUUGUAAAUAAAAUCAUAAUAAUACCGAGCAUCAAAUUCUCCUGUAUAAUACAUUAUUUAGUACAUAACAUAAAAUUUUCUUGUAUGUUCAAAUUUUUGAUGACAUGAAAGAGAAUCGUAUGGUUUCGUCUUUUGUUUCAGUAUUUUUAAUCUGUAUCAUAGGGACAGGUAGAACUUCUCGAAAACAAAUUGUUGUGUUGUUUGCGUUGCGCAACUAAGUCACUGUCAAGGACGUUCUCUUCCCUCUGACUCCCUUUUCUUGGUGCUUCCUUGCAGUAGCCGUUUAGAAAUACAGCUCCUGAACAUAAACACAAUGCAAAAACUUGUGACAAGUCAACAUGCCGCUACCCUUAUUUUUGCCAACCAUUGCUUUACUCAUUAUUUGUACAUCGUUUUUUUUAGUUUUGCUUUUGUAUCUAGCAACUUGUACGUCAAUUGAUUGAUUGAUAUUGAUUUAGAGUAUAGUUAUGUAAUAGGUCUGUAUUGUAAUUAGUUUAUAAGAAAUUUGAUAAAAUAGCGAGUACGGUGAACUAAUGGUUUUGGAAUUAACCUGCCCGUAAGGUUGUUUCAUAGAUCGAUAAAUAUCCCUGUUUGAAUUAAUACCAAAAAUAACUUAUUAUCACUGAGAA